AUGCUCAUGAGCGAUGGACUACUUCGGGUAUUUUGGCCGUACGAUCUUCCUCGGUCGUCGUCACCGGGCGUAAUUGUGGGAUGGCGGAACUCGGAGCUCGACUUCUUUGUGCUUGCGGUGUUGGAGGAUGUCGAGCCACGAAAUGUCGACAAUGCUCUUCGCGCCGGCAUCCUCUUCCGCAAUAGCCCACACCCAAUUGUGCGCAUAUUUACGCUCUGUGGGCGCUCGGCCAUGCAUGUGCUGGGGUCGACCAACUCGCAUGACCCGCCGACAACUUUCAAUCCGUCGCAUCUAUACGUCAGUACGCAGUCGUCGUGCAAGGUGCCUCGAAUCUAUUGCCCCCCUGAGACGAAUCUUUCCGUUCAAGUGAUCAUGUUCCACCGACCGCACCCAACUCGAAUGGAGUAUAUGUCGCUAGAUCCGAUUUCCCUCGCUCUGGGUGACAAGGUCUUUACGUCGGAUAAGUCGGACUCGGUAUCGGAUAAGAUCGAUACCGAAGAGGAGGGGGACAGGUCUCGAUCGGGGAAGCUGGUUGAGAAACUCAAGCUGCACACGGUCGUUAAGCAUGUCCCGUCCCACAAGGAACAGGCACUGCCCCUGAUCAUUAACCAGGUCAACUGCGCAUACGAGAUGGGGAAGCUCAUGGAAAAGAACAGUCAUCUAAUAGGAAUCCGCAUCAAGCGCAGCAUGAGUGUUGGUGAGCGGGUCGUUGAGUCUGCAACCACUCUAUGGGAUCUUUUCGUGCUGGGUGUUUCCUAUGUGUUUUGGCAGUGGAUUUGGCCCGUUGUCACGCGGGUCUUCGUCGUCGGUUUGGUCUUCCAUCGCACCGUGGCGGAAGUCGUUCUGCAGGUUCUGGAGUGGCGCGCCCGUCCUGAUGCGGCUGCGCUGAAAGAUAUAUCAGCGACAGCUCAGCAGGUCGACAUUCGGCUUCAGCAGUUCUGCUAUUGGCCCAUUCAGUAUGCCAAAUUGCGACAGAGGAAGGACAAUUGGGAGAGCGUGACGACGAGCCAUCCGGACUACAUCCGCUUUUACAACAGCUUGUGGCUUGUUGCGAACGAUGUGAUUAUUGGAAUUGCACUGGGGUCGUACAUAAUCGACAAUGCCAACUGGGUGGCCUUUCAAAUCAAUUCCAUCCUGACAGGCUGGACGGUUGAGGGUCUGCAACGUACCAUUUCCUGGCUUAUGGACUGGCCGGCUGGUCUCAAAUUGAACAACGAGCUUGCUGCAUUCCUGGGUGAUCUGUUCUUGUGGGUGAUCGAAAACUGGGCCGCCUGCAUUGCGAAUCUACAACCUUAUCUCCCCCAUGUAAUAUACAUCGUCGGGUGUUCUUCUUUUGCAGGAGCCAGCAUGCCCAUUGCGCUAUUUUCCGAUCUCGUCUCCAUCUUGACAGUUCAUAUUUACUCUUUCUACACUGCAUCAGCGCGCAUCUUCAACUGGCAACUCACCAUCAUCAUAUCUCUGUUCCAUCUUUUCCGCGGGAAGAAGCGAAAUGUGCUCCGCAACCGUAUAGAUUCUUGCGACUAUGACCUCGAUCAACUUCUCAUCGGCACUAUCCUGUUUACAGUCCUUUUCUUCCUCUUGCCAACUAUCAUUGUCUUCUAUCUGGCGUUUGCGUCUGCACGAAUGUUGAUUAUCUCAUUGAAGGCGGCUCUUGAUACGUGGUUGGCGUUUUUGAAUCAUUUCCCGCUAUUUGCGCUAAUGCUGCGGGUCAAAGACUCUCGUCGACUACCUGGCGGAAUCCGCUUCGAGCUUCGUCAGGAGUAUGACAAAUCCUCAGGCAAUGGCUCAACCUCAAUUCCUUACAUCCACCUCGAGUCCAUCCCCCUCACUCUCCGCGCCAUGUUCGACCAAUACUUCCAGCUCGGCCACCGACUUCGCAAACACUAUCUCUCCCCGCAGGUCAUCUUCUGCCUCUUCACCGGCCGCUUCGUGCCACCCAUCCACCGCCGGAAUCUAUACAGCAUGCAGUACAGCAUGCUUCCUGCCCGCCGGGCCGGCAUGGCAGAGGUCUGGUCGAUUCUGACACAGCCGCGCAAAACCCAUAGCACGGGUAGCGGGUCUUCGUCAAUGGGCGGGGGGAUCGGCAACGCGGCGAAUGGUCUGCUCAAGGUACCUGGGGGGUUUGGACAGGGUGAUAUGAGACGAAGAGGACAUCGCUGA